AUGUACCUGCUGAUGCUGCAUGAACUCAGACUAGGAAUGCUCACUCACGGGUACAAUUUUACUAACAGUAAAAAAGUUUCAAAAGAUGUCUCAGAAGCUGGAGGUGCCCCCACUUUGCUCCACCCUCCAGGGGCUGGCCGGGAUGGUCCAGGGCUCGGUGAGGGCUCAGCAGGCUGCCGGCUGUGCCUUUGGGACCCUGGUAGGAGCUGGGUAGCCAGAGAAGAGCUCCCUCCGCCCCGCUCCCCUCCUGUGGCCGGGCAGGGAGCGAGCGCUGCGCAUGCAGCACCGAGGGGCUCCGGACACCUUCCCUCGGGGGUCCUCCACCUUCCCGAGCUCCUCACGGCCGUUCCAGGCUGCAGGAAAAUGUACUGUGAAAACCACGUCAGAAUUCUUUUCACCGUGACGCUGGUCUGGCAGGCUGUUCAUCUAGGAAAAGGCCUUGGGAAAGAAGAACCUGAAGAAGAUGUGAAAAGUCUCAAUGCCACAACUCAAAAGCAGCAGCCCAAGAACGAAGGGACUUUUAUAAAUGGACUCAGUGACAUGAAUCAGAGUUAUGAAAGCAGAAAGCAGCAGAGUUCCAGGUCUUUGGUACCUUUCACUGGAAUUACAGAGAGCAAAAAGCUGAGCAGACACUGCUGCCAGAACGGAGGGACCUGCAUCUUAGGGACUUUCUGUGCCUGCCUAAAGCAUUUCACUGGCAGAUACUGCGAACACGAUGAGCGGCAAAGCAACUGCGGCAGCAUCCCCCACGGCGCCUGGGUGCUGAAGGGCUGCUGGCUGUGCCGGUGCGGCUACGGCACCCUGAACUGCCUCUCUCAAAUAAUGCAAGAUAACUGCGAACUGAAAUCAGAAAAGGAGGAAAUUACCAGACUAUAUUCUAAUGGGUUAAGAUUACAGCAAACAGUGUUUGCAGUCGCUUGCCUGCUCACCAUGCUUCUGGAGUUCUGCUGCUGGCAGUUGUGAAACUGGACAAGGGGAAAUAUAUUAGGGUUGAUAUAACCCUCACCACGGGUCAUGCAUUUUUCUUUUUCUAUGAGCUAAAGAGGACUCUUCUACCUACAAGUUGGAGACAUAUUAAGAUGUAUUAGUUAAUGAUGGAAUGCUCGGAUAUUAUAAAUUCAGAUUAUAUAAAUGUGAAGUAUUUAUUAUUAUAUUAUUAUAUUAUUACUGCUGUCAGUGUCUGAUUCUAACAAUUCUCUAUUUCUAAAAUACUGUUCUUCCAGUGGAAGCAAACACCACCACCCC